AUGUCCUUUGACUUCACAAACGAUUCUCAUCGUCGGUAUAACCCUUUAAACGAUUCCUGGGUCCUAUGCUCUCCUCAUCGUGCUAAAAGACCAUGGCAAGGUGCUGUGGAGGAUGUUCAAAAACCUACAUUACCUGAAUAUGAUGCCAAUUGUUAUUUAUGUCCUGGUAAUAAAAGAGCAACUGGUCCAAUGAAUCCUCAAUAUGAUUCAACUUUUGUGUUUCCAAAUGAUUAUUCUGCUGUUAAAUUAGAUCAACCAGAUUAUUCCCAAUCUGGUGAAUCAAUAAAAGAUCGGUUAUUAAUUACUCAAGGUGUCAAGGGGAAAUGUUUUGUUAUUUGUUUUAGUCCAAAACAUAAUCUAACUCUACCAUUAAUGAACCAUGAUGAAAUUGUUCAAAUUGUGCAAACUUGGCAAGAUUUAUAUAAAUCUUGUAAAAAACAAGCUUUACAAAAUGAAGCUCCAUAUCGUUAUAUUCAAAUUUUUGAAAAUAAAGGUUCGGCAAUGGGGUGUUCAAAUCCUCAUCCUCAUGGUCAAGCUUGGUGUUUAGAUACAGUCCCAUCAGAAGUUGAUCAUUUAUUGAGAAAUUUAUUGAAAUAUUAUAACAAGAACCAAACUCAUUUAUUUGAAGAUUAUAUUAAAUUAGAACAACAAGAACAAAAAAGAAUUGUAUUGGAAAAUGAUUCAUUUAUUGUUGUGGUUCCAUAUUGGGCACUAUGGCCAUUUGAAACAUUGUUAAUUUCAAAGUCUCAUUUAAAAUCAAUUGAAGAAUUUAAUGAAAAACAAAAGUCAGAUCUUGCUACGAUUUUGAAAUCAUUAACAACAAAAUAUGAUAAUUUAUUCAAUACAAGUUUCCCUUAUUCAAUGGGGUUACACCAGGCUCCAUUCAUCUCUUCAGAUGAAAUAAAUGAAAUUUCUUGGUUUCAUAUCCAUUUUUAUCCACCUUUAUUAAGAUCAGCCACUGUAAAGAAAUUUUGUGUUGGGUUUGAAAUGCUUGGUGAAGCUCAAAGAGAUUUAACAAGUGAACAAGCUGCUGCUAGAUUACAAGAAUUAGAUGGCGAUGUUCAUUAUUUAAAUAAAUAA